AUUGUCUAAUUACUUUCAACACUCAAUUGAAAACCGCUCUAUUUAUAAUAUGUAAUUAGUAUUUAUAGCGUUUUACAAUUAAUUUAUUCAUUUUCAAUGUUAUUUAUUUAUUUAGUUAUUUAUUUAUUUAUUUAUUUUACUUUAUAUUGAUUGGAUGAAGGCGUUAUCAAUUAUUAAAUGUAGAUGUAGAUGUUGGGAACUGGUGUCUAGAAGGUUAGCGGGGUGCCAAAUGCAAUGUGCAGAAGGGAGGUAGCAAUGACAAUCCCAGAAGCGGAAACCCCCUCAAGAAGCGGUCACCAACUGGCACCUUCACACUGCAAGAUAUCAGUGAAAACAACUUACCUGACCCAUUACUUACCAAGAAACCAACAUACCAAAAGGGAGGGAGGAGAGGGAGCAAGAAUCAGCAAAGAUUCCCCUAGCAUGAGCUGUGAAAUGAACCUCAACAAUCAGCUAACUGAACUGCACAUGUAGUGUAGUUAAAAACAAGGGCUCAGCGAAUCUUCUAAAGGCUGCCCCACAGGUCACUUACCAUUAAGGGGCAGACCGCUCACUGCGGCUGCACUGGAUUGAGUCUAACUUAGUCUAAAUGAUAUUUGUCAUAUUAAAAUGAAAAGAAUGGCAAUUAUAAAGAUUUGGGCAAAUUGACACCAAUUGCAACUAACAAACUUGAAAAUUUUUGGCCUAAAUUGUUCAAAAUGUGCCAUGGUCUUUGUGCCAGUUUGUCUUUUGAUGUCAUCAACUCACCUUGCCUUUACUUGCUUUGUAGAGGAGUCCACUUGUUGCUACACAGCUGUUGUGGAUCAACCUGAUAAUGGACACUUUGGCCUGCUUUGCCCUAACAAGAGAUAUUCCUAUUGACGACCUCAUGAAGUACAAGCCCUAUGGUCGUCACAAGCCUUUGAUCUCACGCACUUUACUCCGCAAUGUGAUUGGUCACAGUAUCUACCAGCUUAUUGUCAUGUUUGUGUUGAUCUUCAUGGGAAGCGACUUGUUUGACAUUGUAGAUGGCUUUGAUCCCGAAACCUUCUGUAUGCCAACUCAACACAGCUCUAUAGUGUUCACAACAUUUGUGUUCAUGCAGCUGUUUAAUGAGGUCAAUGCAAGAAUGAUGCAGGAAAGGAAUGUCUUCAAUGGAAUCCACAGAAACUGUGUUUUCCUUAUUAUCUGGUUUGGUCAAGCUGUGAUGCAGAUCAUAAUAGUGCAAUUCUUCCACACAGCAUUCCACGUGAAAGGCAUGGAUGUGGAUCAGUGGAUGUGGUGCUUGUUUCUUGGCUUCUCAGAGCUCAUCUGGGCUCAAUUCGUCUUUACAGUCCCUAAAAGCGUUAUUCCUGAAUCAUUACGCUGUGUUGCUGUUGGUACGCCGCAAGGACGAGGCAUUGCUUAUAUUAGAAGCUGCUCCCGUGUUGAACAGCAGGACAGUGGAAUAGUGGCGUCACUAUUGAGUCCAGCAGAUGAAGUGACACCACAGCUUGGCAUUCCAGAUGAGCGUCUACCAGUGGAAUAACAGCUCUGUGUGCUGAAGUUGGACGAGUGUUGUUUACCACUCUUGUUUGGAUCUACAGAACUUGACGACACAUUAAUGAUGAGAGUAGCAAUGUAGAGUCAGUCUGCCAGUCAGUUCUUUUGCUAGUUAUUUUGCAACCUGUUGCCUGGGUAGCUGUGCUUUGUUGUAGCUCGUAAGUCAUUUUCUUGAUUCCAUCAUUGUACCAUCAACUGAAUUAGAAUGGUAGCAUUUAACUAUGAGAGAAGUGCUUUUAUAAGUUAAGUAACUUAACUUACAGCGGCAUAAAAUGUAAUGUAAAACUUAAAAUGCUUAUUUCAAGUAGUAACGCUUCUAAAAGAUUAUUUCAAGCAGUAACGCUUUUAAAAGAUUAACCAUUAUCUAGAAUGAUCAUAGUUUCUACUAGGAUGAAAUCCAUCACUUCCAUUUUCCGGGUAUGAUUGGUGAUGAUGGGGGUUACCAUUUAAUAACAAAAUCCGGAAAUUUCGGUUGAAAGUCAAAUGGAACAGUAAUUUUCUGGAAAAUCCGUUCGGAAAUUGUAAACUACCUCCAGAGGUAGGCCUCUUUUCCCGUUCGGAACAGAACGACGGAAAUUUCCUUACCAUUUGGCAAAUUGUCCAGUUUCCAGUCUCUCAUCAGCCGAAAACAAUUACGGGAAAUCG